CUUAGAAAUCACAUAAGCAAAACAAUUAUAGUAUUAUUAUUGAGAGAUGGAGUUAAAAUGUGUGAGAGUUUGGUUGAUGUUGAUGUUGAUGUUUAUUUCAUUUGAAGGAUGGAUGAUUGAAGGUUGUUUGGAUGAAGAAAGGUCUGCUCUCUUGCAACUUAAACAUUUCUUCAAUGAUCCUUACUCACUUCUAGAUUGGGUUGAGGGUGAUAGGAAUUUAUCAUAUUGUUGUCAGUGGACAAGGAUUCAAUGCAAUAAUAUGACUGACAGAGUGACAAGUAUUAGUCUUUCUGAUGCAAGAAAGUAUGAAUCAGGAGAGUGGAAUCUAAAUGUUUCUCUAUUUUCUCCUUUCCAAGAAUUGGAAACACUUUAUUUGGGUGGCAAUCUUAUAGCUGAUUGUGUUGAGAAUGAAGGUUUUGAAAAAUUAUCACACUUGAGUAAUCUCAAAAGUCUCUACCUAUAUGACAAUAUGUUCAAUGAUAGUCGUAUUUUAUCAGCUUUGAGCGAACAUUUAUCUCUAAAGUAUUUAGAUUUAUCUUAUAAUCAAUUCAGAGAACUAAACCAUUUUAAUGAGUUGGUCUCUUUGAGUAACUUAGAGGCAUUAUUCAUGGGAGGAAAUGAGAUUAACAAAAUUGUAUUCUCAAAAGGUGGCACAAGUUUGAGAAAGUUAAAUUGGCUUCAUCUAUGGAAUGUGAGUAUUAGUGACGGAAGCAGCCUCUUACAAACAUUGGGCUCACUGCCAUCCCUAAAUUAUGUUGAACUCUGGUAUUGCAACAUUAGUGGAAGACUUCCUAUUCAUGGAUUGUCUGUGUUCCAAAAUUUGACACGUUUAUACAUCUUUGAGACUGUUUUUCACAACAAUAUUUUUCAAAUGCUUGGAGACAUGACUUCUCUUCAAUCUAUUAUUAUUUGGGAUAGUAACUUCGACGACGUUUUAUUUGACCAAGGUUAGAACAACAUUUUAUUUGUGAAUAGUUUCUUGUUGUUACUUAGUACCCCAUGACUCAUACAUGUACUUGAAUAAUAAAUCAAGUUGUUUAUAAUACCAUAUCAAAUGCACAUAUUAUCAUCUUCACAAGAUUAGGCUUUUUGAAUAAAUUUAGACAUUUAUUGUA